AUGGCACCACGCAAGCCAGCGACUCGAAAGCGCAAACCGGACAAUGUUCAUGUCGUUCUCGUCGACAUUGGCGCGAAUAUGGAGGGCCAACCAUUUCAAGACGCCAUCCAAACCGUCGAAUGGCUGCUAACACGAAAGAUCAUGCGUUCAAAGGACGAUGCCGAGAAGGCGACUUCCGGCGGCCAGGAUCUGUUUGGUGUCAUCGCUUUUGGCAGUGACGAGACGGAUAACCAUUUGAAGACCCCGAGAGUGAUUUGUCGACAGGAGGUGCUUACGCCCGCCUCGUUUGAUCAGCUUCGUUUCCUGUCGGAGCUGUCGCCUGGAAAGAAGCCUGGAGACUAUUCACAGGCUAUGAUUCAAUCCAUCGACUGGUUGAAGCAAAGGCUUGAUGAGUGCGAAGAGGUUGCUUCCACCAAUCUGAUCUUGAUCACAAAUGCCCUUGGUGAACGCGAUAGCAAGACGCACCGCGCCCGUCUCGAAGUGAUUGCCAACUCCCUAGCUGCCCUCAACACGGAAUUGCACGUUAUCGGUCUUACCGAACCUUACGAAAGCUACACUGACAAGGAAUUGGCCGAGUUCGUGGAGGAGCAUGAUGGAAGUCUAUACAGUUAUUCGGAAGUAAGCGCGCUGAUCUCAAAGCUCUCUGCGUAUCAGCAACUUACAAGGCUCGUCGGCUUUUCGUUGGAAAUAUCCCCGAAGGUCAAGCUUCCAUUCAAGUGUAUUCCUUAUAUCUCGAAAGCAAGGAGCUUGAAAGAAGAGAAGAUGAGGUCGGUGGAUCCGCGUUCGCUUCAGAAGGUAAAUCGGGAAAAGAAGCUGUUCAUCGUCGAGGAGAAGGAAGAUGAUGGAACUGGGAAUGGCGGCCCUCAUUUGUCGAAUGAUUACUCCGAUUUCAACGGUCGCAACACUGAAAUGGCCGGCCCGCGGGAUAGAUGGGGCGCAGAAAUAGAGCCGAAAAAAGAGGAGCCAAUGGACUACGAAGAAUCGACGCAACGCCCCUCGACCCAAGUCACCUACACUCAAGUCGCCGAUGAGGAACGGGCUUAUGGUUAUUUCUUUGGGUCGACGAAAAUCGCCAUGACGAAAGAGGACCGAGACAAAUAUAACCUGUCGUUCAACUACAACAAGUCAUCCGUCUUCCAGUUGAUCUGCACCGUGCCAGAAGAUGCGAUCAAAAUUCCGCACCUGGCCGGCGCCGACACGCGCGUUUUCAUUCCAGACGAGCGGAAAGCUAAGGGGCUUGGUCUCGCCGGCGCAGCGACAUUCGUGCAGGGACUUAUCGAAUCCGGAACCGUGGCGAUUGCACGUUUUGCUUACAAUGCUGCCUCUCAGCCUCAGAUGAUCGCGCUGAAGCCGAGAAUCCAUGCUGUCGACGGGACACCCUUGCUCUGCGCGGUCCGAAUCCCAUUUGCUGACGACAUCCGACACACCACAUUUCCGCCACUAGAAAAAGUCGAUCAAAUCAAAUCCAUCAAGAAACUUGAUCUGCUGGAUGAGCUGAUUGAUGAAUUCAUGGGCGAUGAGAACAACAAAGCGAUGGACUCUCGGAGAAUGCGGGCCGCUUACCUAAGAAAGCAUCAGCUGAUUUUUGAUAAACUCAACCUUCGUACCUCGGUUGUCAAGGCCGAAACCGAAGAACUGACGGAAAAGCAAAAAGAAAUCGUUGAGAAAGUAAAGGCCGCGUUCCCGAUUGUCGACUACAAAGCAGAACGGGCAAUGGAAAGGGAACGCGAGCGAAAGCGAAUCGAUGAGGUCGACGUCGACGCUUUAUUGGAAGGGCAUCAGGAUGAAGCCGAAGACGAUGAGGAUAUGAAGCCAGCCAAGGCCGAGCUCGAUGCGAAGAUUGAAAAAGCUGCCGGUGAUGAAAAGAAAGGCAUGACAAUGUUCCUGAAAGACCAAUUUGCGCACAUCAUCGUCAACGCGGGUGAAGAAGACGUAGAUCUCGACAAAUUAAAGUUUGCUCGUUCUUGGUGCAUUCGAACCAACGAGCCGAAGCUGUUCAACGAUCUGAUGGGCCGAUUAACGAAUCUGGAUGAUGUACGCGAAUGGGUGAUCUCUUUGGGCCCAAACCCGGUGCUUCGGCCAAUCACCAACAAAGAAGCCGCGGCGAGUGAAAUCGAUGAGGCACGGGCCCGCGAUUGGUGGAAAGCGGAUGAUGACGAGGAUGAA